AUGACAAGAAAAGCAGUAAAAGGGAGUGUGAUAGCUGACCUCCUGGCUGAGAACCCAACUAAUGAUUACAAAGCCUUAGAUUUUGAAUUCCCAGAUGAAUAUAUUAACGCAGUGAGCGAUGAUGAUGAGGGUCCAAAUGAUCUAUGGGAAAUGUAUUUUGAUGAAGCAGUCAAUUUAGCCAGUAAUGGGAUUGGAGCAGUCCUUGUUACCUCAAAUGGGAGACAUUUCCUAAUAGCUGUUAAGCUGAGGUUCGGCUGCACAAACAAUGUAGCAGAGUAUAAAGCCUGCGUGAGUGGCUUACAGGCGGCCAUUGAAAUGAAGAUAAAGAAAUUAGAGGAAUUUGAAGAGAUUUCUUUCACUCACCUAAGCCAGGACAAGAACCAAUUUGCUGACCCCUUAGCUACUUUGGCGGUGAUGACUCAGAUGGAGGAAGGGCAAAUAACGCAAUUAUUGCAAAUUAAAGAAAGAAGUGAGCCGACAUAUUGCUUUAUGAUCGAAGAAGAAAUAGAUGGAAAACCAUGGUAUCAUGAUGUCCAGGUUUACAUCAAAAAUAGGGAAUAUCCUCCUGGGGCAAAUAGAAACGAAAGGAGAAUGAUUAGAAGAUUAGCAAUGGGAUAUUUCCCUAGUGGAGAAAUUUUGUACAAGAGAAGCUUCAACAGUGAAUUGUUGAGGUGCGUAAAUGCCAAAGAAGCAAAGAGAAUUCCAUUUGAAACCCAUGAGGGGAACUGCGCUACUCAUAACAAUGGGCAUAUGAUGGCAAAGCAGAUCUUAAGGUGGGGUUACUUCUAG